AUGCUUUCAGCCAAUGAACAAGAAAAGCCGGCCCUGGCCGAUGGCACUAGGACUGGGGCCCUCGACCCGGAUCUCGAGCGCAACGAAGAUCACCAGUUCCUCAUGAAUCGCAGUGUUCGCAACUUCUCGUGGAAAGGAUUGACCGUCACUGUCAAGGAUCGUCAGACGAAGAAUGCUCGGGACCUGAUCAAUGAUAUCUCGGGUGAUGUGCAGCAAGGGGAAUUGGUCGCCUUGAUGGGCCCAUCGGGCUGCGGAAAGACAACCCUGCUGAACGUCCUGGCGCGACGCCCAGCAGCAUCGGGCGCCAAAGUACUCGGCGACAGCUAUGUCAACGGGUCCGGGGUCGACAGUAGCGCAUUUGGUCGCAUGACUUCAUACGUGGAGCAAGAAGAUACUCUGAUCGGUUCACUGACAGUGCGGGAGACGCUCAAGUUUGCGGCGGACCUCUCGCUACCCAGCUCCGUAACAAAGAGCCAACGCAUCGAGCGUAUCGACACACUUCUCGAGUCCUUCGGAAUCCAGAAUCAGGCCAAUACCCUUGUCGGCACCCCGAUUCGGAAGGGAAUCAGCGGCGGCCAGAAACGACGUGCCAGCGUGGCGAGCCAGCUCAUCACUUGCCCAAAGAUUCUAUUCCUAGAUGAGCCGACCAGUGGUCUCAGACUCGACGGCCAGUUUCGAGGUCAUGUCGUAUGCAAAGGAGCUAGCCAGAGCCAACAACGUGAGUUCCAGACAGAUUGCAAAUACGCCCGCAGAUCAAGAUCAAGAGCAGGAGCAGAAUCGGAGAUCACGAGUAUCCACCAACCGUCCACAACAACAUUCCAGCUCUUCGACAAGCUGCUCCUACUCUCUUCCGGCCGCACGUGCUAUUUUGGCCCCUUGACUGGCAUCGAUGCGUAUUUUCGGGGAAUUGGGCACCCGAUUCCCAGCAAUACGAACCCGGCGGAGUUUUUGCUGGAUAUUGUCAGCUCAGACUUUGGAAAUGCGAAGGACGUUGCACAAGAGCGGGUACAGCUUAUCCAGAAUUCGUGGGCCCAGUCCCAGGAGGCCGAUGCUAUUUCACGACAGGUUCUCGAUCGGGUGAGCAUGACGGGGAAGGAUGAGGGUAAGGUGAAUGUGGAGGAUAUGGCGAGACCGGGGCCAGUUCGGAUCACCGGUGCUUUGCUUCAUCGAUCUUUCAUCAAGAGUUACCGCGAUGUGGUGGCGUACGGGAUUCGCAUAGUGAUGUAUCUUGGUCUCGCCAUCAUGAUGGGUACAGUGUGGCUGCGUCUACAACCGACGCAAGAGUCUAUCCAACCAUUCGUCAAUGCCAUUUUUUUCGGUUCCGCAUUCAUGUCGUUCAUGGCUGUAGCAUACGUGCCAGCAUUCUUGGAAGAUAGAGCCAAUUUUGCCAAAGAGCGAGCCAAUGGCUUGUACGGGGCAACUCCAUUCAUCGUCUCAAACUUCCUCAUUGGCCUGCCAUUUCUAUUUCUCAUCGCCAUGCUCUUCUCCAUAAUCUCCUACUGGCUCUCGAACUUCCAGCCCACCGGCACAGCGUUCAUGACCUGGGUAAUGUGGCUCUUCCUCGACCUUGUUGCCGCCGAAUCCCUGGUCGUCUUCGUCACGGCCAUAUUCCCGAACUUCGUGAUCGCCCUCGCACUGGUCGCUUUUGCCAACGGGCUCUGGAUGAGCGUUGGCGGAUUCCUCGUGACGCCAACAAUCCUAAAUCCGUUCUGGAAAUACGUCUUCCACUACAUUGAUUACCAGGCCUACGUUUUCCAAGGCAUGAUGGUAAACGAAUUCUCGGAUCGCAUUUACUCCUGCGGUACGGGCUGCUAUUGCAUGUACAACACCGACCUCGCCGAUCAGUGUCAGAUCCGCGGAACCGGCGUCCUGGAAACAUACGGAUAUGCGACUGGCAGAACGGGGAAAUGGGUGGGGAUUCUCGUGGGUAUCAUUGCGGUGUAUCGGCUGCUUGGAUGGAUUGCGCUGUCGCUGCGUAAGACCUAG